AUGGGCAGUAAUGUUCCCUGUGGUUCAGCUACAAUGAGGACGCUUGAGGCGAACAAUGUGAAGGCGAUCAUUGGGUCGUCUUACAACAAACUGUAUAGCGAGUUCUGCUCCUCCGAUUUGACAGUGGUUGGGAACUACAAGAUCCUCGAACAGAUAGGCGAGGGGUCCUUUGGGAAAGUGUACCUGGCGAUGCACAGGCCGACGCACAGGAAAGUGGUCAUCAAAAGCAGUGUGAAGAACGACCCAAAUAUCGUGCGUGAAGUGUUCUACCACAGACAGUUCGAAUACCACUACAUUACAAAAUUGUACGAGAUAAUUGUGACCGAGUCGAAAGUGUGGAUGGCAUUGGAGUACUGCCCCGGGAGGGAGUUGUACGACCAUGUAUUGCAGAUGAAGCGGAUCCCCGCAGAGGAGUGUAUCCAGCUGUUCUCGCAGAUUGUCGGAGCAGUUUACUACGCACACUCUUUGAACUGUGUCCACAGAGACCUAAAACUGGAGAAUAUCCUGUUAGAUAAAGAUGGGAACGCAAAACUGACUGACUUCGGGUUCACGCGGGAAUGUAUGGAAAAGGUUAAUCUUGAGACGAUCUGUGGGACCACCGUUUAUAUGGCACCCGAAUUGACCGAGCGGAAGCCCUACGACGGAUUCAAGAUAGAUAUAUGGUCUCUUGGUGUGAUUCUGUACACAAUGUUGUCCGGGAGUAUGCCCUUCGAUGAGGACGACGAAGCCAAGACCAAAUGGAAGAUUAUCAAUGAGGAACCGGAGUACAACAGCAAGUUUAUGACCGCUGAGGGCGAGGAUCUGGUGAGGAAAUUGCUCCAAAAGGAUAGCAACUUGAGACCGUCCGUCCGGGAAAUACUGCAGCACGAGUUCCUGCAACCGUAUGGGACGACUGUAUUGACACAGACUGACAAUCUAAUAGCAAGACAGAGGAAAGGAGCUACAAAUUUCCAUUCGAAACUCGAAAGACGCGUUUUGAAGAGACUCAACAGAUGUGGGUUUGACACACAGUCGAUCAAGCAGUCCGUAAUAAAGAAGAAAUGCGACUCCCUCGCGGGCCUGUGGUGCCUCCUUCUGGAGAAGGAGAAGAAGUAUCAAAAGAGGAAACAGUUGCGCAGGAGCAAGUCCAUAUUGUCUGUCGGUAAGAAAGUUAUAAGCAACUCGAUUUCAACGACAAGCGACCAAUUAAGGCCUCAAGAUGACGGUUUACUGAGAUCCCCUUGGGAAGUUACCAAGGGGUACCCCUUUGGGAAAAUGAUUAAUAUGACAACAGACGCAAGCCUAUCGUUGGUCGCUCUUGGGUCCAGGAAAUCUCAUGAGGAGACAUUUCAACAAAAUCCCCCGGAAAGGGAUUCGUCUGAGAGGAACACUUCAAAAUCUAUUACGGCCCCACCACGUACAAGUUCGACAGCCACAUUAGGAUCGAAGGAUACGGCAGUGACAACGGGAAACGGCAAGAAGGUCAACAUAUUCAAAAAGGUCUCAGAUUUCUUCAAAAUUAAAAAACAUUCUGAAUUCUUACAGCAUAGUGGCCGCUCCAUAACAAGUCAUCAGUCCGAGCAUUCCCCAGAACGUUCCGAGAUCAGCGAACCUCCGAACAAAGUAAAUAACGAACAGAAACGACUCAACAAGAGGAAGGGUAAUGAUCAUACGGCCGGAUUCACAGGGAAUCAUGAUAAUUUACGACCGUUGGUUGCUCAUUCUACCCCAGUGAAGGCUGCUGUAAACAAACAAAAUCGAUCACAGCGAGAGAAGGGUAAGCGAGAGGUCGAGCAACCUCAGAUAAAGAGAUUUAAAUCAACAGUGUCUAGUGACACAUCAGACAAAAUAUCACCGAGUAUUAACGAUUAUAGCCAAUCAGGUGAGUCGCCGCAACCCUCCAACGAGGGCCGGAAAACGUCCCUAUUGCAACUGAAUUCGAGGCCGUUGUCUAGUAUCUCCCAAAUAUCCAACGAAACCUACACCUCGGAUUAUUCGACAGAUGGUGCGACGUCAUUCUUCCAGAGAUCCAAAUCGGAGUUGACAAGGCCAUCUGUAUCCCACACUACAUCAACAGGGGGCGCUUCGCAGCAUUCCUCAAUGACUGUGGGCUCGGAUAAAUUGCAUCCCGUUGUUAGCAAAAGCAAAACGCGCUUUAUUAGAAGGAAUAUGAGCAUGAGGUCGGAGAAUUCAAGCGCUUCUGACAGAAGCUCUCGGGCAGACUCCUUCUAUGACAUUACUACUGCCACACCACAGGUUAUUGGCAAUCUGCGAUCGAACUCCAAUGGAUCUAACAAAAAUAUGGGUACCAAUCGCUCGGCACCAAUAAUGAAUGACUCAGUUUUACCCAGAAUAGGUGGAUCUCAAAGAACGUGGUCUGCUAAAAAUGGAUACUCGGUGAUACGGAGGAAUAACAUUGGUAGGCGGGGAAGAGCCCGUAAAUCUCCAUUUUUGAAGAGUGCGAAAGACCAAUUAAACAGCGUUAUCAAGGAAGAGGAGUCCUCGUCCUGUACUGAUGUAACUGACGGUGAAAUAGACAGGGAUCUUGGAACGAACAAGUUGACUACUUCCAAGUUCAUUCGCCCGAAAUUUAGGAAGCAUAUUUCAGAUACUGCAUUGAAUAAUAAUACAAUUAUUAUGGAGGGGUCAGAGGAAGACUCGGUCGAUAAGGGUGGCGUGUCGGAAGAAAUUGAGGAUGAAGAGCCAAUCUUCCCUGAGCAUGAAAACUCCAAUGGCUUAAGUUAUAGCGAUAGUGAAACAUACGCAAAAAUAUCAAGCAUGUCUCGGAAGGCCAAUAAUCCUGAUACUACUUUGUUAAGAAUACGAACUGUCAGUGAAGGGGUACCGUGGCCCGCGUUCAAUGAUGACCCGAAGUCACUGGGUUCUGACAAACAGGGUCACGAUCCGAUAAAAAUUGCGGUCGAUGAUGUGGCCGAUGAUGAUGGAGAUGCAGACAAUGACAACGAGGAUGAAAUUGAAGAUGGUGACGAAGGUAACGACGAGUCUGUACUUAGUGCAGAUUUAGAGGACAAUUUCUCAGAAGGCGAAUGA